CAAAACGGCGGCGGUUGGUUCAGUGCUCUUGUGCGAUAUCGGUUUUUGAAAGAGGAGGAGUUGCUGCUUUGCAGACGUCUGAGAUUCCUCUGGUAGUAUAAUAUGGAUUCCAACGUUUACAAGUGCCUUCAGCCUGGGUUAUCGAUUAAUAUUCAGCGUAGCAAUGGUGCAGUCCAUGGUGCAACUAUCAAAACUGUGAGUCUGGAAAAAAUGACUUUAUCUGUAGAAUGGACAGAAAACAACAGUCUCAAAGGGAAAGAGAUUGACCUUGAUGAUGUGCUAGCAAUAAAUCCAGAACUGUCUACAGCUCCAGUUGUUGCUGAUGUAAAAGAGAGCCUUCCAGUUCGGGACAAUGUAACCAUACAGAGACAAAAUCGCAGAACAACACUCUCAAAAAUUCCUGGUCCCAGAGAAGCACUGAGGUUCCAAGGUAGCAAAAUGUCGGUCAUAGCAGAACCACAGAACAGUCCUCUGGAAAAUGAUAUGGAAGUAGAAACACCUGCUUCUGUACCACCUCGAAGCCAUUCAGCUCUUCCUGUUGUACGAGCUCGAUCUAGGACUAGUUACUCUUCUGAUAGAUGCAGUAUUCAACCUAAUGGUAAUGAAGUGACAGAAGAACCUCCACAGUCUCUCAGAAUUGUUUCUGCAGCCAUUCAAGCUCGGAGGAAAUCUAAUAUUGUAAAAGAAAUGGAAAAAAUGAAAAAUAAGAGGGAAGAGAAAAGAGCCCAGUUUUCUGAAAUAAGAAACAGGCGGGCACAGGAAUUUGACAGUAGUUGUCCAAACUGGGAUUUUGCACGAAUGGUUAAAGAAUAUCGAACUACUAUUAACUGCCAAUCAUUAUCAAUGAAUGAUCCGAUAGAAGAGCAUAGAAUUUGUGUCUGCGUGAGAAAACGACCCUUAAAUAAGCAAGAACUUGGAAAGAAGGAAUGUGAUAUAAUCACUGUUGUUAGCAAGAACAGCAUCCUGGUGCAUGAACCAAAGGUGAAGGUGGAUCUGACAAAAUAUCUUGAAAACCAGCCUUUUCGAUUUGACUUCUCAUUUGAUGAAAAAGCUACCAAUGAGAUGGUUUACUGGUAA